ACAAACACGUUGCGGGUUUGCGCCCGUUUCCCUUAGUGCAGAGCAGGCCGAGCCCGCCCGCUCGCCCCUCGCGUUUGACCAGCAUUCCUCCAGAACCGGGAGCAGCAGAAGCAAGCAGCAGAAGCAGAUCAAGAGAGAGAAGGAGAGAGCAAGCGAGAGUCGAAAAAUUUACCAACCAGCAGAGAAACAAAAGAAAGUAAAAAAAAAUUUAAAAAAAAAAAAAAAAGGCAGCAGCAAAACAAAGUGCGUCCAGUGCGUGCAGGUUAGUGUGUGAGUGCGUCUCUCAGUGAUCAACGAUUAGCAAGCAACAACAACAACAACAACCAUCAAGCAGGUCAACCAGGCCGCCACACGGCUGAUGUGGCCCCUCGUGGCCCAACCUCGAGCAAACUGCCAAGCGGAAGUGCCGCACCGCACCACCGUAACCGGAAGUCCGGGUUUGUAGUGGUGCGCUGCGUGUACGCGUGUGUCUGUCUGUGUGUGUUCGUGUGCGUGUGCGCGUGUAUCCCCCCCCCCCGGGGACCGGGAGUGAGCUUUUCCACAUCGCGCGCCGGUGUUUGGUGUUGCGCGCGAACGAACGCGAGAACUAACUAUCACGCGCCGCGGUAAAGGACGAAGGAGAAGGAAGAAGAAGAAGAGUGCGAUAAGAUAAGAGUAAGAGAGCCAGCACCCAAAAAAAACAACAACCAAAACCGACACCGAAAUGCCGAAGAUCUUCCUCAUCAAGAACCGGCUGCACCAGCAGCAGCUGCGGCUCCUCGAGGCCCAGAAGAACAGCCACUACGAUGGGGCGGAUGGUGUCCCGGGAAACGAUGGUGUCGUCGGGGACGUGGCGAGCGGUGCCGGUGCCGGUGCCAGUGGUGGUGCCGGCGGCAGCGGCGGUGGCGUCGGUGGCGGCAUCGGUAUCAGUGACGGCGCUGGUGUCAGUAGCGUAACCGCCGGCGUUGGAGGCACCAUCAACGAGCCGCUCUCGCUGGUAUCGCGCAAACGGGAACACAAGGAUACAGCAGAUCGCGACAUAUUCGGCGAAGAGAACCGGCUCAGUCCACCGUGCCGGAAGCGGGCCUCAUCGCCGGCCGUCUCCCUUUUCGCCCGCGCCGGCGGUGACGACCGGGGUCAGCAAGGUGGUCCGGCAUCAUCGGUGAUCGCGGCAGGUUUCGGUGGGCAUCAGCAACCGCCCCCGCAGCAGCACCAUCACCAUCACCACCACCAUCCGCAUCACCAUUCUUCUCUGCAUCAUCAUCAACAGCACAGUCAACAGCAUGGGCAUGGGGCGAUGGCGUACCACCAGCAACAUCAACACCCUCACCAUCAACACCAUCCGCAGCUGCUUCACAGUGGACGGUUCGCUCGGAGCGGCGGCAGCGGCGCGCCCACCACCAAAGAGUCCUGUGCCUCGGCGCCAGGAAGCUCGGUGCCGCCUUCCCCGACGAUCGCGGAGCAGGAAGAACGGGAUGAGGCUUACGGUGGGCACAAGCGACCGUCCUACAUCAGCUACGUUGGUGGUGGUGGUGGUGGUGGCGUGGGCCGGGGUGGUAUGAGAUAUGAGAAGCGGCGCAUCGCCUGCUACGGACCCUCACCGUACCUUGGCGUGCGCGACCGCGUACCGACGAAUGCGGAACGCAAAGCGUACCCACCGACACCACCACCACCCCCCGUAGCACCACCCCCAUCAGCAGCAGCAACCCCCCUUCCAACAGUAAGCAGCAGCACCCCCCCUUCCGUUACACCACCACAACCAACGGUCACAACGGUGGUGGAGACAACGAGUGACGCAGGGGCGCCAGCGCAGCAGCAGCACCGGGAGUCUGGUGGAGCUCUCACACUCACCGACGCGGAAGAUGAGGGGCUGGAUGAGCAGCAGCAGCAGCAGCAGCAGCAGGAGAAAAAGAAGAACAAACCCGGAGAAGUGAACGAGAUGCGCGCGGUGGUGGAGGUGGAAAAG